GGGAGCCGACCUUCGGGUUCUCGGGGAAGGGGCGCCGGUGGCCGCCAUCUUUAGCUGCGAACCUCAUCGCUGUUUUUUUAACGCUAGGGGUGGAGUGGUGACCCCAGCUGUUACCCGCAGCCCGGGACUGGAAAGUCAGGGCAUCAGAUAGUGCCACAUUAAUAGGUAGUGAGAGUGACACAGGUCAGGUUGGGCGAGCUUCGGGUUUGAUCCCCUUGGGAGCUACCAAUUCCUGCGACUACUGUUUUUAAUUACCCCUUUCCUUGCGAGACGUUCAGGACCUGACCACGCCAGGGCUUUUCUCGGGUUCCCCUGAGGGAGACAGCGGGGACCGGGGCGUGGCAGCCGGACCUCCCUGGCGGACGCGAAAGCGCGGAGUCCAGCACCUCUGAUCGGCAUUCGGGUCCUUCUAAGGAGCUUCUGGCAGCCCAGAUCAUACUCUCGCCAUUUCUCAGUAGUUCCUCGUACGGUACAUGGUCUUGUCAAACGCUGCCACGCACUCUUGGGACUCAGCGUGUGUGUGCGUGUUGGGCAGCGUAUUAGCGGUUCCACAGUGUCCAGAAUGAGGCAGGUUUGGUCCUGGGGGCCUGCAUGACUGACCCUCUACCGCCGCCAGCUAUCCUCUUCCACCCGGAGGCAGGUGCCUCGAAGGGCUCAGUCCUGACGCGCGGAUGCCAUGGUUAGUCCAGGGAAAGGUAACUAUAGAAUGAAAAUGAAAAGUUGUAAGAAUAAAGCCCUAAAUCUCCAAGGGAUGCAUAGACAAAAAGAAGAAAUACAACUUCAAAAACAGAAAAGGGAAGAACAGUUGUUAAAAUGCAGAAAUGUCCAGAGGUGAUUAAUCUAUGCUGGAAAGUCCUACCUAGGAUCCAGAUAUCAGUUCCACUGUACCAUUCCAGAGGUUAUUAACAAAUUCAAAUGGACUUACUGUAAGAUAAAUUCCAACUGAAAUAAGCAGGUGAAGAGAGGCACCAAAGGGCCAGGCAGUUUAUUUGAGCGCAAUUCCCAGGCACUGUGAUUAUAAAGUUGUAUCAUCUGCAUUAAGAGCAGUUGGUAAUAUUAUGACUGAUGGUGAUAUCCAAACACAGGCUGCUACAGAUGCAAAUAUUUUUCCUCUUUUGACUGAGAUUCUGCAGAAAGCAGAGUUUCACACAAUAAAAAAAUCAGCUUUGGCUGUAACUUAUGUGGCAUACAGAGGCACUCCAGAACAAAUAAGGUAUUUGGUAGCCUUAGGUUGCAUUGAACUACUUUGUAACCUGUUGACUGUUAUGAAUUCAAAAAUAGUCCAAGUGGCUUUAAAUAGACUAGAAAAUAUUUUACAUCUUGGAGAACAAGAAUUUAAGCAGAAUGGAAAAAGCAUUAAUCCAUACUGUGCUGUCAUUGAAGAAGUAUGCUUGAGUAACAAUUUUGUUUAUGUAUAUAUGCUUUGUAUAAUAGGUCUGGAUAAAAUUAAAUUUCUUCAAAGCCAUGAAAGUCAGGAAAUUUACAAAAAGGCUUUUGAUCUGAUUGAACAUUGCUUUGGUGUAAAAGAAGACCCCAGCAUUGUCCCUCAGGUGGAUGAAACCCAACAACAGUUGAUAUGUCAGCAAUAGGAAGCACCAGUGGAAGAGUUUAAACUUUAACUUGGUUGGGGGGAAAAUUAAUGGCUAAAAAGUUUAGCAUCUCUUCUUUGUUGCAGGGUCAGUAGGAAUGUUUUGUAUGUUUUUAUGUAGAACAGAAAAGAAACAAGUUGAUGCACUUUUAAAAAGCAAAACAAAAGUUUUCAUUCAGAUGUAACCUUUCGUUGUAGUUUUCUUUAUAUUUUGGUGUGCCUGUAUUUGUCUUUAUUGUAUUAUCUAUUUUUUGUGCCUAUUUGUGAAUAAUACAUUAUGAAAUUAUUCAAUAAUUUAAGCUUUAAAAGGAGGACUUUGGUAAAAUGUUACACAAGAGUUCUGAACUUUUUCUAGCAUUCUUAAAAACUGCACAUUAGCAGUACAGCUAUUGAUAAUUACAUUUUGGCAGUAUGCAUGGCAGAGGCUGACAUGCCCAGUCUCUACUUAAUCUACCUCUAUCUUGAAGCAAAAACAAAACCAAAACUGUCAGAAACAUGAAAUAAUGUAAAAGCUAAAUUAGAAUGUGAAAAUAUCUAUUAUCUUAAAUUAUAAGUCAGUGUGCUGUAGGUUAUAUGUUGUAAAACAAAACAAAAAUUUACAACAGAAAUCCUGUAAACUUUAUUUAUAAAACAGAAGAAAUAUUGUACAGAUUAUUAAAAUGCAGCAGUUGUGAAAAGAGUAGCUGUUCAUGUUGUACACAUUAAAAUAAUCACAUGUUUAAAUAUUAGUGUUUUUAACAUAAAAAUGCUAUUAUAUCAGUAUAUUUUGUAUUUUGACCAAGUAUGCUACCAUUUCUUAAAUAAUGCUUUAUCAUUUUUUCACUCUUCAUUUUAAAAAGCAUCAUGAUGAGGAUGCCAUCAUGAGGCUGGUGCCUGAUAGCAAAAAUAACACUGUAAUUCUUUCUCUGAUUUUUGAGGACAGUAAUUGAAAAGUUUCUAUUUCUUAUAAUGAAUUUAGGUACUUGAAUGGCAAAAUUAUCCUGAAGAAAUCACCUUGUUAUAUGUUAAAUUUUAUUAAAUGCACUUAAUGUUUGGACACCAAUGGCUGAUACUAAUGAAAAUUUCCAAGAAUUCUUUAAUAUGGUUGAAAUCUGUAAUGGGAUUUUUUUUUUUUUGGUAAUACUCAGAGGAUACUGCUGCUUGUUAUGAAUCAGUUUGUAUUUGUAUCAGUUUGAUCAAUAUAAUGUAUGUAUUUUAUGUAAUAACAGAAACCUCUUCCAACUUUUUAUAUAAGUUUCAGUAGGAAAUUACAUAUAUAUAUUUAUUUAUAGGUUACAUAUACAUGUGUUGUCUGUGUGUUACUCUCACAGUACUAGGUAGAGUUUUCUAAGCAGAUAUGGUACUGUUGAACUCAGUAUUGCCAUUUUAUGCAGCCUAUUUACAUUUUCAAUUAUAUACCUAAUGUAUUUAUUUAAAAAUUGGUUUACAACUUUUUUAAGAUAGGAACUAAAGCAUUUUUGAUAUGAUUAAUAGUCUAUUCUGUAAAGUAAAUGUUCAUUUAUGAUAGCAUGAUGUUUCUGCAGGAAAUCAGAGGCAUUGUUACAAGAAGAUAAUGUAUGUAGAACUUUUAAAUAGUAUGACACUUUGUAAAUUAUAUUCAUGAAACUAAGCUUUUGGCAAGACUCUUAAAACCUACAGCUAUAAAAUCAGGUUUAAAUGGUCCAUAGUGCUGGCUACAUCUGCUAAACCCCUUUUAUAUUGUUAAGUUGAGGAUUGUUAUCUAUGCCCUUUUUAUUGUAGUGUUAAGUUAAAAAGUUUAAUAUAAAAAGUUUUCUUUUGCAUUGUGUAUAUUCAAAAGAACAGAGUUGUUAUAUUAAAGAUUACCAAUAUGAUGGUGUAUUUAUCAGAUAAACACAUUUUUUGGUGCAGAUGACUCUUAACUAUCAGGUGACAGGGUAUUCCACUCUUUCCAUUCUACUGGACUUGAUAAUGCAGCAUAAUUCAUAAAUAACCAGCUGUGCCUUUUAUUUUGAGGACUCUGAAGUCACAUUAAUAAAUCUCUUAGCCAAGCCUUUCAAACAAAAUAGUUUUCAGGGAAGGAAAAAUAAUGUGUAUGUGUGUGCAUAUUUACAUUUAUUUAAUUAAAUUUGGUGGGUUUUUUUGGUCUGAAUUUGAAUUUUUACCCGUUAAUCUAUACAAUUAUGUUUGUUUUAUAUUUGUAAGUACUUGACUCAUUGGUCUGGUUUUUGUUUUUGUUUUUUUACUGUACGUUUUAUUUUGAAAGGUGUUUCUAGAACUUAAUUUUUAGUGUUAAUUUGUUCACCAGAAAAAAAAAGAAAGAAAAAGCAAAAAAUCUUCUGGCACAGAAAUUACAUGUCAUUUGGUAACUGUAAAACCUGUUUGCAGCAAAAGUUGAUUCGUUGGAUAAGGUACUAAAAGAAGCAUUUUAUCUCUGCCUUCAUUUUUUCUUAGGGAGCAUUAUGGAAAAAGUAUAAUACAAAGUCUUGGUAGAUUUUUGUUUUAAAUUCAGUCUACUGGCUGCUUUAUGAAACUGUGAAAUCAAAGUAAUUGUUGCUAACCUUUAUUCAUUUUUGUCAUAGCAUUACUGUUUUUUGAAAUGUGACAUAUUAGUAGCCAGUAUGAUAGGGCUCUAAAAGGAUAAUGUGUCUUUAAAUUCUGACGGGAGUGGGAUGAGGGAUGAUAUUCUUGCCCAAGUAAAGAAACCAAUAUUUAAGCAGUGCACAAUAUUAAGAAAUGUUGCUGCACUAUAUUAAAAAUAAUAAAAUACUAUUUUACCAAU